CCGGGGUAAGGUUGGCAGGCUUGCGCGCGUUGACAUCGGUGACUGUCCCCGCUGCUGAUGGGCACGGCUGUAGGAAGCUGGCGGGGGGCUACGCUGGCCUGGGUCCUAGUCCUGCUGGCCGGGGCCGAGGCGCUGGAGAAUGGGCUGGCCCGGACCCCCACCAUGGGCUGGCUGCACUGGGAGCGUUUCCUGUGCAGCACCGACUGCGCCCGGGAGCCGCUCUCCUGUAUCAGUGAGCAGCUGUUUAUGAAGAUGGCUGACUUGAUGGUGUCAGAUGGCUGGAAGGAUGUAGGCUAUGAGUAUGUCUGUAUUGAUGACUGCUGGAUGUCUCUGACCCGAGAUGAUCAGGACAGGCUCCAACCUGACCCAGAACGCUUCCCCAGUGGGAUCCGCAAACUGGCUGACUACGUCCAUUCCAAAGGGCUGAAGCUGGGGAUUUACGCGGAUGUUGGAAACAAAACCUGCGCUGGCUUCCCUGGCAGUUAUGGCUACUAUGACCUUGAUGCCCAAACCUUUGCCAAUUGGGGUGUGGAUCUGUUGAAGUUUGAUGGCUGUAACUAUGGCACACAGGACCAACUGGCAGAAGGUUACAGGAACAUGUCUCUGGCCCUGAAUAAGACUGGUAGAAGCAUUGUGUACUCUUGUGAAUGGCCUCUCUACAUGAGACCCAUGCAGAAGCCCAAUUACACAGAAAUCAAACACUACUGCAAUCACUGGAGGAACUUUGCUGACAUCUAUGAUGCCUGGAACAGUGUUAAGAAUACCCUGGAGUGGACAGCUUUACACCAAGACAGCAUUGUGGAUGUUGCUGGGCCAGGGGGCUGGAAUGACCCUGACAUGCUGGUGAUCGGCAACUUUGGAUUGAGCUGGGACCAGCAGCUGACUCAGAUGGCGCUAUGGGCUAUCAUGGCAGCUCCACUGCUCAUGUCCAAUGACCUACGUCAUAUCAGCCCCCAGGCCAAGUGGCUGCUUCAGAACAAAGAUGUGAUUGCCAUCAACCAGGACCCGCUGGGCAAGCAAGGAUACCGUAUCAGCAAGGAUAACAACUUUGAGCUCUGGGAGCGGCCUCUGUCAGGGGGUGCCUAUGCUGUGGCCGUGCUGAAUCGACAGGAGAUUGGAGGACCCCAGAUCUUCAGCUUCUCUACCUCUUUCCUUGGCAAUGGCCUGGCCUGCAACCCUGCAUGCUCCAUCCAGCAGAUCCUCCCCACCAGCGAGGACUGGGGACUACACAACUGGGUCUCGCUCUUGAACGUUGAGGUGAACCCAACGGGUACUGUGCUGCUGAAGGUGGUGGUGAUCGGGGAGUUCCCAGAUGAGAAGCCUGUCAUGAACAUUAACAAAAAACCAUCUCCAGAUAUCUUAUAAUGUAAUGGUGACCCAAUUCCCCAGGCACCAGAGCUCCUUUGCUCCAAUCCUGCCCCUCCACAUCUGUGGGCAAUAAGUGCUGAAGAUCCCAUCAGUGAUGGGUGAACUUUACCAAAUCAACCCUAAUCCAGCAAGAAGUACUGUAAUCUCUCUCCAUCCUUGUGUUGCAAUUACAGGGGAGAGGGUGCCUUUACUUAUCCCUGCUAGAUCUAUCGAAGUCCUGCUCAAUGUAGCAUGUAACCUAACCUUCCUUUCUCUGGGGGCUAAAGGAUUGAGUUGGUCAAUUAGACUGGAUCAGCCUUCUGUAAAGACCUAAUGGCCUUGGCAACAGGUGAGAAAAUGCAAAGCACGUACCAUGUUAGUGAGGUUCUUCGGUGAUGCCAGGACUCAGGGGAAGAGUGCUCCCCUCCUGCCUUAAGUUUCCUCUCAGGCCAGUGUGACUGAUAUACACCAGCUGCAAGAAAACACACAUUCCACCCUCAAACCCCCAUGUGAAGUCAUAUGCUUCCUACCCUUUUGCCCAAGGUUGCUCUCACCUUGCUGUGAUGACUCAGUAUCUUAAGCCAGUACUUUUUAGGCUAUCACUUUCUUGCGGGCUGUCUCCCUUUAAUAUGAGUAAAGGACACUACAUCCAUAUAGUCAUGUCUCCCACUCCUGUAGCUUUCACUUAGUUUUUUUUUUUUUUAAAUCCAUGUUUCUUCAGGGGAGGGCAGUCAUCCAUCUUACUGAUUGUCCUGAUGCCAGCAGCUGUAUGUUCCACUGCUGGCUCUGGACUUUGGACUAAAGAAAUACAGUUUUUGGUGCACAGGGAUUGAUCAUUAACUAUCCAUAGGUCGAGGAUGGUGUGUUAAAGGGGUUUCUCCCCUCCCCACUGAUGUUGACUGAUGCCAGUAAAAGGAAAUGGAUUAGGGCAGAUUUGGGCUUGCUGUGUCCUUUCCCUCACUAUCUCCUUCCUUUGGUAUAAUCUACCUUAAUAAACAUGAGAGGGGGUUGAGGCUUUUUGUAGUGGUGUGUGGAACUGAGCCUACCCUCACCUGGAGUGUGAUCUAAGAUUUCUAUUGCGGCAGGUUUUCUAGUUCUAUUUUGAAACUAAUCACAUCCACACAUACCAAGACACUUGUACAUAAAGAACAUUGUACACAAGUCUUGCUAAAAAAAAUUAAAGUUUACCUAUUCCUAAACAUCUUUGAUAAUUGUAGUAAAGAACUUCAACAGAUGGUGCUGAUUACUUCUGCCUUCUCUUAGAGAUACACCAUCAAAGGCUGUCUUCUCAUCUAGCAUUACAUACUACCAAUUAUUUCAACAGGCCUAAAAGGUGCUAAGUUUGCAUGCAGAAUUGCUACAGGAACCUGUAUCCUAUCAAAGACUUGCUUAAGAUGCCACUCUAAACCUCCACUGCAAAGAACAGCUUAGCUAUAAAAGCUGUACUUCCGAAUUCCAGUCAAAAAAUCAUCCCAAUAGUCAAUAGCUGAGACACACUAUUCUGUUACAAAACAUGGAAGGAGUUUCCCCUCCUGCUAAUGCUGUAAAAGUUAUGCUAGAAGAGGCAUAUACACUAAAACUUAAUAGAGCUACCUUCCUGUUGCUGCAUAUGAAGAAUCUCAGUUGGGUGUGGGUAGAGAUACAUUAUCAAGUGGAAUUUUACAGAGAUGCUGCCAGAUGCUCCUUGGCAUCCUCUAUACAGCUUAGAUUUAAGAAACCUAGGGGGCUCCUCUCCUUUGAAGUUGUCAUAACGAUAAAGGGAAGGGCAACAGCCCCCCUGUGUUCAAUACUAUAAAAUCCCUCCUGGCCAGAGGUUCCAAAAUCCUUUUACCUGUAAAGGGUUAAGAAGCUCAGGUAACCUGGCUGACACCUGACCCAAAGAACCAAUAAGGGGACAAGAUGCUUUCAAAUCUUGGUGGGAGAAGGCUUUUGUUUGUGCUCUUUGUUUUGAGGGUUGUUCGCUGGUGGGAGUAAGAGGGACCAGACAUCAAUCCACGCUCUCCAGAUCUUCUGAACAAGUCUCUCAUAUUUCAAACUUGUAAGUAACAGCCAGGCAAGGCAUGUUAGGUUUAUCUUUGUUUUCUCAACUUGUAAAUGUACCUUUUGCUAGAGUAUUUAUCUCUGUUUGCUGUAACUUUGAACUUAAGCUAGAGGGGGUUCCUCUGGGCUCUUUGAAUCUGAUUACCCUGUAUUUUCCAUCCUGAUUUUACAGAGAUGAUUUUUACCUUUCUUUAAUUAAAAGCCUUCUUUUUAAGAA